GGUGGAAAAUGGUGGUGGUGGUGAUUUCCCGCAGUUUUUUAAACGCCAGAUGAGACACUUGUUGGAUUUAUCAGGCGCAGAGCACUGCAACAGAUGAUGAGAGUCGGAGGUGAAUUUCAGAUUGCAGCGGAUCUCUCUCGACAAGCAGCCGAUCACAACAGGGACAUAAGUCUGAGGUUUGCGCUCUGAAAUGGAUUCAUAUGGGUCUUCACUCAACCGCAGCCAAUCGCUGGCGAGCGGCCUGGAGAAGACUUCACCAACGUGGAAGCCAUCCCACUCACGGAGCAGCAGCACUCUGUCAUCUCGCCACUCCAGACAGAUUAUCAAAGAUUGGGAAGUGAUUGAUGACCAACAGGUAGAAAUGCAAACAGGAGGUGAGAAUCCUCAUGACAUGACCACCCCGGGGAUCUGUGAAGGAUAUCUUCUCAAGAGGAGGAAGUGGCCACUUAAAGGUUGGCACAAGCGAUACUUUGUCUUGGAAGCAGGGAUCUUGCGUUACUCAAAAAAUCAACAAGAUGUCUCCAGGGGAAGAGUCCAGGGCUCCCUGGAUCUUAGCCUUGCAGUGAUGUCGAUAAACAAGAAAUCAAAUCGGAUUGACUUGGAUGCAGGGGACAUUCUCUAUCAUAUGAAGGCAAAGAGCCAUGAACUCUUCUACAUUUGGGUAACAAAGCUACAAGCCCACCGCUUGUACAAGAAGAAUGAGGCAGCUCACAUUAACAGCGGCUUCCUCCAGAUGUCCCAUGGUGCUGCGGCUGGACAACCUCAGACAAAUGGAGAUUUGCAGAGCUCUGCAGGCCUGGCAGAUUCAGCUGGAGCAUCAGGAGUGCUGCCCUCAGCUAAUACCGCUGUGAAUAGCAAAGUGUCUGCCUGGCUGCAGCAAAGUCAUGGCCAAGACACUUGUGUUCAAGAGCUGAACCGCUGCCAUUUGGACCUUUCUGAGCUAAACGGCUUAAUCCAGAGGCUCCAGACGUUGGAGGCUGGCCAAUCUUUCACUAAUGGAGACUUAAAGCGCAUCAUCAGCAUACAGAAUCUCUCACUUGAGAAACCGAAAAAGCAGAGGUCAGGGAAGAUGUGGGGCCACUCUCGCACACUGUCUAGAGUGGAGGCCCUAGGAAUGCUAUCCUCCAGUCACCUGACCAGCUCAUCUCACCUCGGUGCAUCAGUCCCCUCAAUCCCUGACUAUGUCUACUCCCAGCUGUCCCCUCCCACUGUCACUCUGACGCCCGAGGGCAAGAAAAUCCAGCAGGACAUCUGCGCCGUUUCGCUACGAGUGCUUGCCUCUCUGAAGACAGUGCAUGAAACUCUGUCCCAGGAGAGGCAGAAGCUGCAGGAAGUCUGGGAAACUAACAACAUCCACCAGUCUAACACAUUAGCUGAGCCGGCAGCAGUGAGGCAAACGUCCCGAGGGCCUCCUUCAGUAGCAGAUUCGGCUGCGGAGUAUUUUGACGCCAGCGAUGACAUCCUUUGUGGUAGUUCCUCUGAGGUGUCUGAUGAAUCAGGACUUAGUGAUGGAAGCACCACCAACUCUGAGCCAGAGGAAGGGCAUGCAUCAGCCACACGGAAGUACCGUGCUAGCAUUUCCAGGACUCCUAAUAGUGUUGUUCCCAAGAGCACUGGCCGGCGUACAACACUGCCGGCUACCUGUCCUGACAACAGCCAUGUGGGCCUCAUGGCUAUCCUCUACAAUAACAUAGGGAAAGACUUGGCUCGAGUGUCCAUGCCUGCUGCUCUCAAUGAGCCUGUUAACCUGCUGCAGAGACUGUGUGAAGAGCUGGAGUACAGUGAGCUGCUGGAUACUGCCAGCAACACAUCGGACCCCUACCAGAGGAUGGUAUACAUUGCUGCCUUCGCCAUCUCUGGUUACUCCACUGCAACGUUCAGAAACCGCUACAAGCCCUUCAACCCGCUGCUGGGGGAGACAUACGAGUGUAUCAGGGAGGACCGGGGCUUCCGCUUCAUCAGUGAGCAGGUCUGCCACCAUCCCCCCAUCUCUGCCUGCCAUGCACAGUCAGAGAACUUCUCCUUUUGGCAGGACCAGCGAUGGAAGAAUAAAUUCUGGGGGAAAUCACUGGAGAUUCUGCCAACAGGAAUGGUGAAUGUCACUCUUCCAAGAUAUGGAGACCACUACGAAUGGAACAAAGUAGUGACCUGCAUCCAUAACGUCUUCAGUCAGCAGCGCUACCUGGAGCAUUACGGAGAGGUCACCAUCCGCAACCUCAAAAGCAACGUCUGCACCUGCAAGAUAACCUUCGUCAAGUCUCGUUAUUGGGGUUCAGAUACAAAUAAGAAUGAGGUGCAGGGCAUGGUGCUGGACCAAAGUGGGAGUGUCAUUCACCGGUUUGGAGGUCUUUGGCAUGAAGGCAUCUUCUGUGACACUCUGCCCACUCCGAAAUGUGUCUGGAAGCCAAAUCCCCAGCCAAAGGAUUACCUGCUGUACUAUGGCUUGUCCUCCUUCGCCAUAGAGCUGAAUGAACUCACCCCGGACCUGAAGCCUCUCCUGCCUCCUACAGAUAGCCGCCUACGCCCAGACCAAAGGAUGUUGGAGGAGGGACACGUGGAUGAAUCAGACAGGAAGAAAGAUGAUAUAGAGGAAAUUCAGAGGGAGCGGAGAAAAGAGCUCGCCAAGAGGGGCGAAGAACAUGUUCCACGUUUUUUCAAGAAAGCCAAAGAUUCCUGUGGGCGGGACGUGUGGGUGACAAACGAGACUUACUGGAAGCUCAGAGAAAAUCCAGGUUUUGCUAAUUCUGAUAACAUAACUCUGUGGUGAUGAGACGACAGUGACAAGCGACGUCAGAUAAUAACACAUGAGAGGGAGACUGUAACAUCUGAGUGGUGGAUAUUCGAACAGCAUAUAUGAACCGCUCUGAGAAACAUGCAGAGAGGGGACAGUGCUGCUGAUCUUCUGUUGGCCCAUGACUGGCUCAUGGGAAGCAGACACCUGUCACGUUACUCAGCAUCCAGUACAGGUGAAAAAAACAUUGAGAGAACUUUCUCAGUAAGAUACAUUUUUUAAUGCAUUUUAUGUAUUUUAGAUUACUUCAGUCAACUCAUGUGUUUGUUUUUGAGAAUUUCACAGUUUUCUGACCAACAGACUGAACGUGUGACGCACUCUCGACACAUCUUGAAAUUCACAAAUGACUUGAAAUGAAAAUGAAAACUCUUUGAAAGUUGUCAAAAUUUUAUUUUUCUGUCAGGUUAGGAAGAAGCCUACUAUAUUGACAUAUUAAGUGUUAACAUUCAAUCAACUCAUGUCCUCCUCUCAACCAGUUUACUGUGUUUUAUAAUGAGUACAACUGUUUAAUAUACUGAAGUCAAUGCUACAGUCAGGGCUGGAUUACCAACAGCCUCGGACCCACAAUGGGGCCAGCUGGUUUGUGGUAACUUGAUUUAUUGCAAAUUUGUUUGGGGAUAUGCACCACUAAAGCACAAUAAAGAUAGGAACCUUAAACCGGCUUUAAUUAAUAUUUUAACAAUAAGAAUGUGAUGAUGUCCAGUGCUCCCCUAUCGCUUUCUAGCGGGUUUCAGCACAUUGUUUAUCUGUGCAGUGACCAUAGUGGAGCAUUUAGCAGCUGAAAAGCCAGAUAUUUCCCUCAGGAGUUGUUGGAGACCAAAAACUGAGCUUGAAGAGAAUGGAUGUUGUGGCCAGAAACAAGACUGCAAAUGAAGGCUAAUAAAAGCUGCAAUGAUUAGUCAUUUUACAGUAAAUUUAUUGGCAGCUGUUUUGAUAAAUAAUUCUGUUGUACAGGAACCCUGGUUCAAACUGUGCAUCGUGCAUAUGCCAAAAUAAAUUUGUCAUUUACAGCAUCUACCUAGUUUUCUAAAGGUGCACCAAUACUAAUGUAUGAAGUACUCUGACUUUGUGUUGCUUUCACAUUAUUAAGAGAGAUGAGUAUGAAGGCUAUGAUGCUGAAGAUGAUCAUCAUCACCUGUUUUAUUGAUAAGAUUUAUGACAGUAUCUGUCUAAAUACUUUGGUCAUUGCUAACAUAGAUCAUAUGGUGGUACGUCUACCAGUAUUCAGUAUAAGAGAGGAGAGACAAUACUAUACUGUAUUUUUAUUUCAUUAAU